AACUCUACCUGCAACCAAGGUGAGAAAGCUGGUUGACCAUUUUCGUACACUGCUGGUGAUUCCUUAAACAUGUGGACAUCUAUCCUGUGUCUUCUUCUGGCGGGUGCAGUAUCCGCAGCACCACUUUCACCGUUUUUCAAUUAUCUCCCUCAUUAUGGCAGCCCGAGACAGGGGAAUAAUGGUGGCUUCCAGGGAAUACCAUCACAACCUGGUCUGAACGCUCCAAUCAGCAUGGAAAUCAUUUUCCCACCGAGAUUCCCUACUAAUCCAGCAGGGGGCGCAGCGGGCACAUCGUCAUUCCCUACACAAGCGUUCAUCAAGUACUCUCUCCCCAAGGCUCCCGGCAGAAAAAGCGUGGAAAUCUUUUACCCCUAUGACUUCAGUCAGCGCCAGGAUCAACCAAAUGUUCCCAUGAUACCUCAAUUUCCAAAUAUCUUCCCCUUUGACUUCAUGCCACAGACAGUUCCUCAACAGCCACCCAUGAACCCACCAUUCCAGGAUGGUCCUCCACAAACCCAAGAUCCUCAGCAGCAAACCCAGCCGGAGCAGCAGGCUCAGACAGGACAGGUGUCUAACAAGCCAUGAAGACCGGCUCAUCUUUGCAGCUGAGUGAGAGACAAACAUCAAACAACAAGUGUG